CGCGGCCGCGGCGGCGGCGAAAUCGUCGUCGUCGUCGAUAUCGCCGACGAACAAGUCGGCGUUCGGAACGCCUCCUCGUGUGCCCCGAAGCGGGAGCGCGUCUGAGGCAAGGUCUCUUCACAGCCCACCUCCUGGACCCCUCCUUGUCCACCCUCAGCGCCGACAAGCAGCUAGACAAAACCGGAGCGGAUUACGGAUCAACACCUCGUCUUCCGGUGACGAGUCGGCGGGAGAAAAGACGGGGCGGCAGCAGCAGCAGCAGCAACAGGCCUUCGACCGAUCGCUUCUGCCGCGGUCGCCCACCGCCGAGAGUCGGAAGCUCAGCAAGGCGGCAGCCGAGUCUCGCGCAGGGGGGGGAUGGGUGCAGGUGGAGCUUCCGCCGGGUGCCGUCCCUGCUGCUGCUGCCGCCGCUGCUGCUGCUGCUCCUGCUGGAAGCGGCGGCAAUCAGAAGGUACACUGGUUUCUCGGUGGUGUGUUGGAUUUUGGGUGCGCGUCAAGCCACUGUUUCUUGUGCAUUUUUGUGUUUUGACGCAUCGGUGUGGCACGCCCCAAUGCAGGCGGAGCAUGCUCGUAAUGGUGGCGGCGGGGGCGGCGGCGGCAGCGACUUCGCGUGGAGCAAAGUCGGUGCUUUUCCUUUCGGACAAGGGGACAUGCCCCCGACUCCAUCGAAACCGAUGUCCCCUCUCGUACAGCCGCGGACGGCGUCGAGCUUCCCGGUGGGGAAUCCCGGCGGCGGCGGCGGCGGCACCAGCGGCGGCGGCGGCGGCGUGGGCUUUCGAGCAACAGCAGACGGGAAGGGGGGGGCGAGGGGGGGAAGCACCGCCGCUGGCGCCGCCGGUGGUAGUAGCUUGAGCAGCGUCGGCAGCAUCGCCGACAUCGGCGGCGAUCUAGGAGACGGGAACGCACCGGUGUGUACGUCGAUAGCGUUGCGUGUGUCCCCCAUCGUGCGCAUGCCGGCGGAGGAGUUCUCCGCCCGCUCGCUCGGAGGCAUGUUCGGGGCAAAGUCGCAGGAGGAAGUGGAGGCAGAGGAGGUGUGGCACCGGGGGUCCACGGCCUUGAUGCGAGAAGACACCAUAUCUCCGCCGGCGCAUUCGUCGUCGCCGCAACCGGCCGCAGCUGCUAUGGCCUCGGGUGAGGCCGCCAGGAGAAGCGGCGACGGCGACGGCGGCGUCCCGUCGACCGCCAGGCCGUCGACGUCGGCAACUCCUGGCGGAGCAGCCACGGAAGCGGCCUCUGGUCCUCCUUCCUCCCGUGCUGCUGCUAGCGGCGGCGGCGGCGGCGGCGGCGGCGGUGGCGGCGGAUUUUUUUCGGUGGAGGCGGCAUCGAAGGACGUCGGGGAUUCGUUGAGCGGGAGGGGCGGGAGCGAGAGAGCGAGGCCCGGGAACCAGAAGUGGCGGGAGAUCCGCGACAAGGCUCUCGCCGCAAACGGCGGCUCUUUCACGACCGCGAGGCGAUUGGCGAACAGCGGGGCGUCGCCGAAGCCUAAUCUGGAGUUCAAGAGGAGGUAUGACCUGAGACUGCAGCAGCUCACUCUACGGCGCAACUCGGCGUCACCGACGCCAUCUUCACUCGCCGGGGGGAUUAGGAAAGGGGGUAUCAUCCGCAAAAGCAAGAGCGACUGCAGUGGCGAUGAGGGCGGGGGGGGCAGUAGUAGUAGUAGCGGUAGUGCCAUCCGAUCAAUCGGGACCCCCGAGGAGGAGGAGGAGCGCAUGCAGGCCAAGAGGAGGGAGGUGGCCGAGAAGAAGGCUAUCGCGGCCAGGGCGGUCGCCGCGAGAGACUUGGCGACUCAGCGCGCGGCGGAGGCGGCGCGGGCCGCGGAGGCUGCCGUUACAAACGCGGAGGAGUUGGCGGCGGCGGUGGCGCGGGGAAAGGCUGCCCAAUCGCCCGGCACAGACACGCCGGCUGCUGCGACGACCGCUCCGCCCACCAUCGUCGUCCAAGCCGCCGCACCACCGGUUGGCAACGAGCAACACCACCCGGCGGGCGGUGCUGUUGAGGUGGCGCCGGCGCCGGCGCCGGCGGCCGCAGACGCAGACGCAGACGCCUCCGGCGUGUCGCCGGUCGCCGAGCGCGAGGCCACCGACGGGGUGAAGGAUGAUGGGCUUGUUGCCGCCACGGUUAGCGCUUCGACGACGGGCUCGACUGUGGUGGCAGGGCAGGAGGAGGAGGAGGCGCCGAGCAGCAACCAAACGGUAGUGCAGGGGGGUGAACAACCUCCCGCCGCCACGACGCCGGGUCCGGUGCCGAUGGCCGUUUCAGGAGCAGAAUCGGCGGAGAGCGCCGGGGUCGCGCAGCAGCAGGCGCAACCGGCGCCAGCGCUGCUGGCAACAACAGGGGAAGCAGAAGCGUCAGCAGCAGCAGCAGCAUCGGAGGGGGGCGCAACGCCGACAUCAACCGCCGUGCUGACGCCAACGGGAGGAACGCCGACGGGAACGGCUGCUGUCGCCGUCCCGGCAACGGUCGUAGCAGCAACCCCAGCAGUCACGCCUAAAACGGCAGCGGCAGCGACAGCAACAGCUCCUCCUGCUUCGCCCGCAGAGGCAGCACCAGCAGCACCAGUAGCAGCAGCGAUCAAGCCGGCAGCGGCCGCAGCCGCCGCCGCCGCCGCCGCCCCGGAGAAGAGGGCCGUGAGCAGCAGCCCCUGCGCCAGUCCGAGGAUCCUGUACGGCGGACGAGAUUUCCGGGCGAGGCUGCUGGCGCCCGGCCUCGGCGCCGGCGGCACGCUCGGCGGGAGGCGGGAGUUGCCGGUGAGGGCGGGAACCGGGGCCGGGGGAGAGACUUCCCCGGUCAAGUCAUCCGGUUUGUCGCGAAUACAGUCGGAGGGAGGGCUCCUUAACAUCGUAGAGGCCAAGUCCGGCUUCGCCGUCAAGCAGCGAGGAUUGGUGGCAGGGAGACCUUCCCGAGAGCGCAGUGGUUUCGUUGCCCCUGACACCGUCAAGAAGGGGCUGGGACCCGCCGGCGCAUUUGCAGGGAACUCCAACUGGCGGGUGGAAGCGAGCAGAGAAAAAGAGAAGUCCGCUUUCGACGUAAAGGGCGACGGGCACGGAGGAUUCCACAACCCGAUGGCCGCGCUGCGGGCGCAGCAGCAGCAGCAACGCGCCCAGCAGCAACAAGCGCGGCGAGUCCGGACGGGAUCGGAGGACUGGCAGACGCCACCGGCGACCAGCGCGGGCGUUGACGAAGCCGUCGGCAGAAUUAGCAGGAUGUCGUCGCCUUCAUCGGAGUCAACGUCAACAACAUCACCGCGUGCGUCGGGGAUGGAAGCGGACGGUACCCCCGCCGACCCGGCACCAGCUCCGCUAGCGAUGCCGGCGUGGAUGCUGUCGAAGGGGAUUUCGGGGGCGGGCGGGCGGGCGCUGCGGAGCCCCCCCGGGGGCAGGUUGCUGCGGAGCAGGGUGUCGCCGGCGCGCGGCUCGCCGGCAGGAGGAAGGCACGGCUUUGGCAGUGGCGGUGACUUGUUAUCCCACGGGACCGUGGGGCGGCCGCUGUUGUCGUCGUCUUCGGCGACGUCAUCGCCGGACCGGCCGGCGCCUGCGCUGGUGGCAGCGGCGGCGGCGACGGCGGCGUCCGUCCUCCCCACGGAACCGGCGAAGGACGAGGCCGACGCAUCAGCUCGGGAUACAGCCGCUGAUGCUGCCAACAGUACCAUCGAGAACACGGCUGGUGAUUGCGCGCGGGACGACGACGUUGCCGGAUCGGGGCCUGGCUCGGAAUCGGUCGAGGUCGGCGGCGGCGUUGCCGUUGAGGGCGGGGCGGCGCCUGCUGCCGAGAGCCUUGCCGCCGCCGCCGCCGCCGCCGGGGCGGUAGUAGUGGCGCCGCAAGCGGGUGGCGAGAAGAGCAGGGAUGCCGAGGGGACGGGUGACUCCACGGGGUUGGAGAUGGAUUCUGCCGCGACGACGGGUGGAGAGGCGGAGGAUUCCUCAGCAGACGCUGCGGCUACCGAGCCGGCGACCGGGGGGCUGCAGGCUCUGGGCCGUUUCCUGUUCGGAGCGCGAACGGAGAGCGGCCGCACCGUUGCCGACGAUGCCGGCGACGCUGCUCCGGCGGCGGCCGCGGCGACGGUUAACGGUGUUGUCGCCGCAGACGGGGAGGGGAAGCCAUCGGAGUCGGCGAGAGCGGCACCGGCGCCGGCGGCAGCAGACGCUGUGGGCCUGAGGUAUUGUGGGGAGCCGGCGAAGGCAGAGGUGGUCGGCGACCAGGCCUUGGAGUUAGCGGCGGCGGUGGCGGUGGCGGCAGCGGAGGGCGGGUCGUUCUCUUCCUCUUCUACCUCGUCGACGGGGAACGUUAGCGCCGGGGCUUCGGCGUCGGCGGUGGCCGCGGCGACGGCGGAGUGCCCAGACCAAGCUGAUGACGGAGGCACCGACGCCGGUGUUGGUCCUGCUGCCGACGAUGCGAUGGAGGAGGUGGUGUUGGCGGUGGUGCCCUCGUCCGAAGCAUCGGCCGUUGUUGUCGUCGUCGAUGAUGACGGUGUUGCAGCUGACAUGGCGGCGGCGCCAACAGACGCGGCCGCCGCAGGUACCACCGUUGACGGUGAUGAUGUCAGCGCGGAGGAGCGUGGUGAUGUGCCUACCCCAACGUUGCCGGCCGUAGAAACGCCCGUGGUUGAUGCUAGCGAAGGCCCACCACAGCAGCAGGACGAGGAACGCGUCGAGGAGCAAGGUCCGGCAGCGCAACAAGCGGACUCCACCGCCGCUGACAUCACUAAGGGCUUCCCAGAUGGCGAUGUUGUCAUGCCCGAACCGGUUACGGCCGUCAUUGCGACCGGCGAAGAACCAACCACGACGGCCCCGAACACGCAAGAAGCCGGCACCAGCGGCGGCCGCGGCAGCAGCAAGCCCUCCGCUCUCCCGUCUUCCAGCGGCAGCGGCGGCGGCGGCAACAUCUCGUCGACGUCUUCGUUGUUGAUCAGGGGGAGAAAGAGUUCCAGGGGCAGCGGCAGCGGCAGGGACGGGGAAACGGGCUCGAACAAUGGAUCGAAAUCGGGCGGCUUGGGCGCGGGGGGUUCCUCGUACUCCAGGUCGGGGUCGAAGGGUUUCCUGGCGAUGGGAGCGUCGCUUUUGUCAGGAGAGAGGAAGACUGGCCUGGCGGCGUUGGGGUCGAAGGGCACCCCGGCGAAGACGGCACGAAGAGCACUGCUGCACGAGACGAUGCAGAAGAGGACUAGCGAGAGCAAGCCCCGACAGGGUAUCUUCGAGACGUUGCGCCAGAGGAGCUCCGGCAACAUGGCCGAGUCGACGUCCUCGGGCCGCCUGGGAAACAGCAGCAGCGGUGGCAACGGUCGCACCGGCAGCGGCAGCAGCAGCCUCAAGCGGGGACAGUCUCCUACCGUCCCCGCGACGAGCACGCGGCAGGGGGCACCGUCGACCAGAGCUCCGGGCGGGGGGCGCGACAAGAGCACGGCGGCGGGGGGCGGGCGGCGGCAGGAAGAGCAACAACGACAAGAAGAAGCACUAGUCGUCGUGCCGUCGCAAGGUCGGAGCGAAGAAGGGGCGAACGCAGCGGGGGACGCGGGAGGGGGGGGGACGGACGGGCUGCUUGACGGGGUGGAUGGCGUAGAGGCGGUGGAGGACGACGCUUCGGACAGCGAUGACGACGAGGAGCCGGACUUCUGGAGCAAGUACGGGGUGAUCGACCAAGACGCCCUGGACGAGGACGCCGAGAUUGAGAUAUAGGCUCAGCAAUCCUUCGUUCGCGGGUUCCCAGUGGAAGGAGGGGGGAUGGUGUGUGGUGAGGUGGCUUGAUACGAUCCGUGCUUUUAGGCUCUGUUGGUGGAGCGAGGGGGAGGCAGUUGGUUGGUGCGGCGGCUCUCCACAACCACAACGGCCCCAACGGUAAUUCUGUGCGCCUGUGAGCGAGAGGGGCCGUGGGGGCUCUCGGCAAGUAUCUUGGGCGGGGAACGUGCCUCCAAUAUACCGGUGGAUGCCCGAGGGGGGCGGUCGUAAUAUUUUGGUGUGUAACUGCUGCAGCCCUCGCGAGCCUUCUCCGGACCGGUGCAGCGACAAUCAAUCGUGAGUGAUGUUGAGGCCGAUUGUAGAACAAGAUAGUAUUGUUUAUCCAGCCAAUAAAGAUGCUGCUGUGUAGUUUCGAUUCGUUUUCUUGGCGAGUAGGCGGUCCAAGCUCGCUAUGGUCGUUUUUUUCUGUAAGUUUCGAUGUACGGCUGCUAUGUGUGCGGCUUUGUUGGAAAAAUUGUCGGCACGCGAGGCAUUCUCAGCUGACGAUUCAUUGUACCAUGGUGUAUAACGUACGCAGAUGGGCAUUAGCACUCAUGUUUCUACCACAAAGCCCGGUUCCACUACCACCCCCAUCGGAGUGUGCUUCCGUGUUUUUUGUAAAUCUUUUACAAGAAUUUUUUCUGGACGGGGCGACCGUUUUCCGAUCUCGAAUGAUCCGGCUGUGUGGUCGAUUUUUUUACGUAGUACCAAGGCAAACUUUCUCCCGUUACGAUCCCCCGCCCCAUAAAGAGCCCUGGUUGUUACGAAGAGGUGUAUUUGCUUUCUGUUUGUGUGUGGUUUGUACCGGGAGCUGUGUUUUUGCUGUAUUUGUGCCUCGUUGUACGAAACGGUCGGUAUCGGGUGUCUGCCGUGGUUGCACCUCAAGAGUCUCGCGUUUCCUGCUUGUUGUUACGUGAGCACGACGUUAUCUCUACUCGUUACCUUUUUCUAGCAGAUGCAUGCCUUUUUUUCCCUCCUGCUCGCCGCCGUACGCUAGCCGGUGUCUCACGCGGUGGUCUUUUGUUUAUUUUUCAUAUCUAUGUAUAGGGCAGUGCAGGGGAGGUGUUUGGGUUGGGACCAACGACCAACAACGUUGGUCCAAGUCGCGACGCGCGGAUCAGCAUGCUGUUUUUUGAGACCGACCGGAAUUCAGCGACAGGCAACGGAUGAGAGUUUUAGUGGGCGGCGGCGGGGCACACGCAAGCUUGUACCGGAAGUGAGCGUGUCUCGCCGUCACGAAUGCGGAGUAACCCCCCGAAUUCCCUCCAUGUGGCGGGGUGGAGAGGUCUGGUGGAGGCAGCGAAGAACAGCACCCAGUUUUGGUUGGGGGCGACUUGGUGACGGGAAGAACAGUGGCGUGAUGGAUAUAUAGGGGACGGGGGCAACAGGGCGAAAAUGUUUUUUUGUGUUUCUACAACAGUAGCUUGUUUGUGUCUUCGUGUUGGUUGGUCGGUGCUAAGAAUAUUGUGCAUGGUGCUGUAGUACUUUUCAAAUAUAUAUACAUUCCGGUCGACAAGCGUGAGUAAAUUUUAUUACACGUCGGAACAUGUGGUGGCUCUUUUUUUUGGGAGGGGGGGGGGGGGGGGGGGGNGGGGGGGGGGGGGGGGGGGGGGGGGGGGGGGGGGGGGGGGGGGGGGGGGGGGGGGGGCGCUAGGGCAAUCGUUACGUUCGUACGCUAGCGGUUCUAAUAUGGAUGCCUUGGUGGUCUCCGUCGCCGCCAAUGGAGCAACACACGUAUGCAUUGAUGCAAAAAAGGCAAGGGUGGGUAGGGGGCGAUGGGCUGUGUCGCCCCGUUAAACUCCUCCUCGUCGCGUGACGUGUUUGGGGUGGCGUCACACGCGCUAUGGUGAUUAUUAAAUUGAUGUUGAAAGGUAAACUACGCGGGGUGCAGCAAGCACGUUCUGGACGUUACUUGGGGCACUGGGUAGUCGGCCGUGUUAGGCCGAGAGAGAGAGGUUGAGAGAGAGUGGGAGAAGGAAACUUGAUUGGAGAGAGACGGUGGUGGUAGAGAGAGAGAGAGGGAAGAAGAAGUGCGCAGCACGCACGCAAGCUCCAUCGCACCAACCACGCCAAAAGGAUCCCCGUGACUGCACCGGUGGUACCCUACUACACACGAAAUUCCCAACACGUAUCCCCUGGGAUCCUCACGACCAGAUACUGCUGCGAGUAUAUCUAACAUCCCCCCUGCUCGCAACAGUCUCUCACUGAAAACUUCGCGAACACCCGAUAUCUCAACCAAAAGAUGUCUUUCCCAGACGAUAUGCCACCAAGACUUUACCAAAAUAACAUGAGAGAGAGAAAAACAGUUCAAAGGAAUAUGAAUGCUGCAUCGCGCGUGACAAAUACUUGGCGCGGGAAAUGAAAGAAAACGGGAAACAAAACGAGAAGCAAAACAAAACCAACACACAACCUAUCAGAAAAACAAUAAAAUGUUCAUGUCAAAUUCAUCGCCA